ACGACGACGUGUCCCAAGAAAACGGCGAGACGAUGAAAACGUCGGGGCCUCUCUCGGAUAGAGAGAGAGUAUAGUAGUGGGGAUGACGUAAGAGCAGGAGGAGUGCGGGAUGCGAGGGGAAGGGAGAGUCACCGGGAGUAGUCAAGAAUGAAGAAGAGGAGAUGGUGGAGGGCGGCAAGGGGCAAGGGGCAGGACAGGGUGAAGGAAAAGAGGUGGGGGCAUCCAUUCAUGCUUUACUUCUGUGGCUUUUAAGAGUCCAGUCGAGCGGACGGCAUACCUUUGCGCAGGCCGAUCUCGUCCCCGACGUUCUGUUUCGCUUCGGCGCGAUCGCUCGCCUCAAGCCCAUUCUCUGGGAGAGGGCACACGCGCGCAAAGAAAACCGCAAAAAGGAGCCUUUUGCACGAACGAACGAACGGACAGACAAUCGAUCGAUCGAUCGAUCGGUCGAUUGAUUGAUUGAUUGAUCGGCGGAUACGCAACGCGCGGCGAGGAAGUUCGAAUCGACGACGAUCGGCGGAAGAGAGUCGUCCGAGUGAGAGUGCGCGAGUGCGAUACGCUCGAUUGAAUCUGGACCGAGAGAUCGGGGGAAUCCCCAGCCAUCCCCGUCCGUCAGGUUUUAACAUACAUUUGAACUCGUUCUCUUCCGUGUUUUUGAAAAAAAAAAUCGAACGGUCGCGAGAGACUCUUGCGCGGAAAGUACAGACAGAGAGAAAGAACAGAAAGAGUGAGAGAAAGAGGAGACACGUGACGAAGGAAACACGUGACACUCUUGUUUUCGUAAGUUAAGAAGAUCGUGAGAAGCAAAUAGGAAACAAGAUCUUUCCAGUAGUUUGUGAGUUCUGAUUCGAAAGAUCUUCAAUUUCGACCCCGACGACGGAGGGACCGGAACUUCGAAUACAUCAUUUGAGAAUCGUUCUGCGAGGCGUCAUAGUGAGGAUGAACUUCAAGUAGAGCACCGUCAAGUGGAUUUGUUGGAGUUCCCAUUUCGUUUUUUCGAAUGUAUCCCGAAGCGAGUAUAUUAUUUCUCAGGCUUAGAGCCUGAAUAUUUUCUUUAACAAUCUUUCUCUCGUACGUUUUGUACGCCUUGUCGCGCAAACAAGAAGGUGAACGUAUAUACCUUCGUUCUUUUUAUCGCAUCUCUCCCCACCGAGAGCAAAAGACUUAUAACUCGCAGCAACGCGCGUUUCCCCGCUGAGAAGAAACACAAACAGGCGACCCCCAGGCGGACGAUUCUCUUUCUCUGUUUCUCUCGUGGGAUUCAUUUCUCGAGGAGGAAGAAAAACUCAGGAGCGCGCUACCUGUCUCCCCCCGGUCCCCGCGAUACAAUGAUGACCGGCAAAAUGGUACAGCACCUGCUGCUGUACACCCUGCUGGCGAUCGUCGGUGUCGUUCGUCGCGGCAAAUGCGCGUAUAUCGAGACGACGGACAGAGGGACCGAAAGCGACGAAGAGUAUAAUGACACGUUCGAUGACGAUAACAAGUACAGUGCUCUCUUUGCCGGACUGCAGGACUUGACCGCGCUCGAGAUCGAUCUGAUCGAUGACAACAACAAGCACUACAGGUUGCACACGGAACCGAAAGUACUCUAUCAAAUCGGGAACAGCGAGGAGGAAUUGCCGGAGUGCACGCACAAGUACGAGGUAUGCAGCAAGGUGGAUUUAUACAGUGCACCGUGGAUCGAGAGACUGUGCCGUUGUCCGCAGGGCCGUGCCUGUCCCAGCAACGUUCACAGGAGCGACGAAUACACGAUCGUUGAUAAGACUCGCCGGUACAAGGUCUGCGAGUCCGUGAAACAUCUUCCCUACUGUCGUUACUUCAAUGACAUCACGUGGACGCUGGCGCCCGGAGGUGGACCGGCGAACACAACGGUGCAACGCGUUUACUGUCGAUGUCGGAGAAACAGCGUGCCCUACCUGGUGAAAAAUCUACCCUACACAUCACCGUACGGAAAUGUCGGGACGAUGUACGCCUUUGCCUGCUCGCCGCAAAGCAAAAUACGAUGUCAGCUGAAAGAACCAUGCCGCCUGUUUACCGUGCGUCAGAGAAACAAUUCGCAAGUCGAGGAAGUGAACGCCUCGCCGAUCUGCAAGUGUCCCGCGACACAUCAAUGUCCCCAACAUCACACGGAACCCGGUGUCACAACCGCGAGAUCCUACAAUGGGACUUUGAAGAUCAAGGUUUUCAGCGGCUACUGCAUGCCACGACAAUGGAAUCACAUGAUUUACGUUUGACGUCCGUAAUUAAUUCACGUGUGUGACCUGUUCUGCGAUACCUCUACUUUUUUUUCCAAUAAUCCGAUAACGAUAUUCGCCACUGACACUAGUUCUAAUUACA